GUAUAUAUAUACACGCACAAACAGCCCAUUGUUAGCUUAUUUUUUCUUAAUCUCCAAAUAUGGUCUUCAAAAAAAUGGGCGAAGCCAUCUCGAAAAUUUUCCUCGGAAGAGAGGAGGUGGUUGAUGAAGAAAUUAUAGAACUAUGCUAUAACAAGUAUUUUAGACAGACAGUGGCUAAUUUUUACCAGGCAAUUUGCCUAACAGUCGAAGAAAUUAAUAGAAGGCAGGGGAGUACGCAGUUCAGGAUUCCAAGCGCUACAGUAAUAGAGCGAAUACGCAAAAAGUGUAAAAUUAAGGAAGGAAUACCAUUGAAAAAGGAGAAAGUUAGAGAAAUUAUAAGUGAACUCACUCAUGAAACUGCAAUUACUGGUUUGGGAGCAACAGAUACAUUAUUUUAUUUAUUUGGAGUACCAGCGACAGCAUUAUUCAACAAGCGAAGAAUAAAGCCACAAGCAAUUUCUGAUGAUGUUUUUAUUCCUGGUGUUACUUCUGCUACUAUACUUGUUCUUUCUAAAUUCAAUAGGAUCUAAGAAUUAAUUCAUGAAAGUAAUUAAUUUCUUGAAUUGCAAUGAUUAUGUACUUAAGUUUUAUCCAAUGACAGUGUAAAAUACGUUUA